UUAUUUUCUGUAAUUACAAUGUAAUUGUAAUUGUAAUUUCUAUGUUUUCAUACUAAAAAAAACAAAACACAAUUUAGAUGAUUAAUCUUAUGUCGUACAAAAUUUAAACAAUAAACCGUUUCGUAUUUGUUAUAUUUUUAUUUAAUUUCAAAUUUUAUAGCCAUACUAGUUUUGGACUUGGUGAAAUUUAUUUGCGAGUGAUAAUUGUUUGUAUAGAACUGUUUUUUUUUUUUUAACAGUUUUAAAAUGGAUUUAAAUCCAAUGCAAGUAGCGUUAAACACGGUUAGAAUGUUAAGAUUAGAACUAAUGCAACUCAUCAUUGAGAUUGGCGAAGGAGUAAAAGAAGAUGGAGUCCAAACCGAACCCAAAGACAACCGUUAUAUAUGUUCUAUGAACGACAUGGUGGGAAAGCUCGGAAGUCAUAUGAGAGAUCUAGAACAAGUUGUUGGCUCCCUUUCCAGUCCUCCUGGUGCGAUGCUUCUUUACAAUACAGCUUUUUUAACACAAGAAAGCACUUCAGAUCGUCAAGCUUUAUAUACUCCAUUGGUUUCUUCCCAUAAAUGGCUGGACAAAGUUCAUAAGUUUAGUUCAAAUGCGGUCCAAAUUUUAAGUCAAAAUUCAUUGAAAAAAUCGUACUACAACUCGAGCACUAAUAAAAAAAAGAGACAACAGUCCAGCGUACACAAUAUAUCACCACAAGCCGUAGAUGGAUUAUUGACCAAUAUUGAUCGGAUGUUUCCAGACAUGAAUAUUACGAUUACUCGACCAUGUGCAUCCAAUGUUGUAUUAUUGGUUGGCUUAAGUAGAGUUUUACAAGCGAUUAUAGCUUUCAAAGGAGUCAUGAUCGAGUGGGUUAUCGUUAAAGGUUUCAACGAGCCAAUAAAUCCAAACAACCUUCAACAAGAACUUUGGAAAGAAUCAAGAUAUCAUGUUUUUCGUAAGAUAACAGAUCAUGCCAAUGCUGCGAUGUUGCAUUUUUCCUCCCCUACAUUGCCUGAUCUGUCUGUUAGGUCAUUCAUGACAUGGCUGAAUAGCUAUAUGACUUUAUUCAAUUCAGUUUGCAAAGCGUGCGGCAAUCGACUACUUAACGCUUAUCCGCCUACUUGGAGAGAUCUGAGAUCGUUAGACACGUAUCAUUAUGAAUGUAAACCUUAAUAUUUAGGUUUAAAAUUGUGUUUUCCACUAUAAUAUAAUUAAUUAUUUAAGUUUUUUAAUGUUAGAAUAACAUACAACAUUUUUGUAUACAUAAAUAUUAUAUAAUAUAAUAGUUAUUAGUUUAUAGAAUAUUCUAAACUAGUAUGUUUGCGAAGUGUAUACUCGGUGUUUUGUAUUUUACUAUUAAAACUAACUUAAUUGCCUGAAGCUAAUACUAUGAAAUAGAUUAAUCAUCAAAUCUAUUUAUAAAGUUUUACAUCUCUAAUCAAUACGACCUGACGUCAUAGAAGUCUUAAUAUGUUUUAUUAGGAUUUUUUGUAUUUUAUUACCGACCAUCUAACACCAUGUAUUUGUUUACUAUGUGAAAAGUGACUGGUUUAAGAGAUCAAUAGUAGUUUUUAAUUACAUUAUAUUAUUCCUAUUUUUAAUUUUAUUAUACCUUGAAAUUGUAUAAUAUAUUGUUGUUUAUCGCAGACAGACACCUUAUACGGUAUAUACAUGAAUAUACAAAAGAUAAGAAAAAAAAUAUGAAUGUUGUAUGAUGAACCAAAUUCUAAGAUUAUGAUAAUUUAAUUUUUCAAAGCUCACAAUAAAACUGUUUAUUUUAUA